GGAGCAGUCUGAAGGCCGGCGUCGAGGUGAGACUGGGACGGACUGAAGCUGCGGGUAGGAGUGGACCUACAGACGGCCUGAUUGCACGGGAAUGCGGGCGCCGGGCGAGCUGGAAGGGUUUGCUACUGUCUGCUGUUCCCUCCUUCCCACAGGGGUUCUCUCCCCUCUCCCAUCUCAAGAUGGCAGCCAGCAGCUCUGAGAUGAAGGGGGUCGAGGAUUGUCCGGAGACCCAGGGAGAAGGGCCUGGCCAUUCUGAAGCUGGAACUGGCCCUCUCCAGGCCCUAGCAGAGGUCCCAGACCAGCCAGAGGCCCCACAGCCAGGCCCAGACACCACUGCAGCCCCUGUGGACUCAGGGCCUGAUGCUGGGCUGGCUCCAGAAACUACAGACACCCCAGCUGGGGCCCCAGAAACAGCUCAGGCCACAGACCUUAGCUUAAGCCCAGGAGGGGACUCAAAAGCCAACUCCAUCCCUGAAGAGGCAUGCAAAGAGCCAGCAUCCAAACCAGAAAUGAACAAAGAAGCCACUGCAGACCAGGGGUCUGAGCAGGAGUCUGGAGCCCCUCCCAAGCCAGCCUCAGAGCCUGCUUCCCAGCUAGACUCCCAGUCAGACCCUCAGCCAACUUCCCAGCCCACCCCCAAACCAGCCCUUCAAAUAGAGCCCCCUACCCAGGAGGACCCCACCCCUGAGGUCCUGACAGAAAGUGUAGGGGAAAAGCAAGAGAAUGGGGCAGUGAUCCCUUUACAGGCUGGGGAUGGGGAAGAGGGCCCAGCACCCCAGCCUCACUCUUCACCCUCAACAAAAACGCCCCCAGCCAAUGGGGCUCCCCCCCGUGUGCUGCAGCAGCUGGUUGAGGAGGACAGAAUAGGAAGGGCCCAUAGUGGGCAUCCAGGAUCUCCCCGAGGUAGCCUAAGCCGCCACCCCAGCUCCCAGUUGGCAGGUCCUGGGGUGGAGGGAGGUGAAGGCACCCAGAAACCUCGUGACUACAUCAUCCUUGCCAUCCUGUCCUGCUUCUGCCCCAUGUGGCCUGUCAACAUCGUGGCCUUCGCUUAUGCCGUCAUGUCCCGGAACAGUCUGCAGCAGGGGGACGUGGAUGGGGCCCAGCGUCUGGGCCGUGUGGCCAAGCUCUUAAGCAUCGUGGCGCUGGUGGGGGGGGUCCUCAUCAUCAUCGCCUCCUGCGUCAUCAACUUGGGCGGUGAGUGGGGGUCAGGGACACGCAGGGGAGGAGUGGAAGGGUUGGCAAGGGCAGCUUUACUAACCCCUGCCCCUGCUCUCUCCUGUCUGUCCUCCCUACUUCUCCUUUGUCUCUCCUUGUCUCCCCUUUCUCCCUGACCCUGUCUCUGUCUCUCCCUCCCUCUCCUCUCCCACAGUGUAUAAGUGAGGGGCUCUGCCCUGCAUUCCAAGACUUUUCUUCCUGUUGGGAGCUGCCUUGGGCCCAUCCCUCCCUUGGGGGGAGCCCAACUGAUGGCCCUGGCCCCCAUCCCUAGGGACCAAGGGAGCCUGAGCGGCCUUGUUUACAGCUUCUCUCCUGUUCCUGCAUCCUGCCAGGCUCCUCUGCCAACCGUAGGCCUCCCUCUUCCCUGCACUGUUUCCAACCUCCCUGCACUUCUGCCUGUGGAUAGCCCCUCCAGCCUCUUGGCCUCCCUAACCCUGCACUUCUGGAAACCUUCCUACUUCUGGAAGCCUCCCUGAACAUCUCCCAAACUCUCUGAGCUCUCAGCUUCCCUGCAUCUCUUCCCACCUCCCUGCACUUCUCCCAGCCUUCUGAAUUCUCUGAACCUCAUCUUCGUCUUCCUUCUCCUGACUUUCAUUGUCUUGGCAUCUAACCCCAUUCCUUUUCUCCAUUCCUUUAUCAUCUUCCCUCCCCUUUUUACAUCACCCACCCCCUUCCUCUUUCUGCCUCCUCAUCUUCCCUUAGCAUCCUUUCCUCCACCCUCCUGCCAUCAUUUAUUCUGCAAGAGCUCCAGCACUUAGAUCAGGCUGGGGGAAAGGGAGCAGUAUUGGGAGGGGGCUACCUAGCCUGGGGCUCCGACUGUUCUCUGCUGGGACCACCCAGGCUCAGACCACCCCCUCACCGGGCGCCUUUUGGGUCGCAGAGCUGCAAGCCAGGCCCCAUCUGGGGACUUGUGCAAUGGUGGAAGCAAUUCUGAACACAGCGAAGUAGGGAGAGGCGCGGUGGUAGAGGAGUCAGCCAGGGUUGACCGGCCCACCUGAGUCUUUUAACCUCAGCCCACGAGCUUCUUCCUUGAAGGUGUAAGGGCUCGGGCCACUUGCGUGCUUUGUAAGGAAAGAAUUAAAAAAAAAAAAAAAUAGGACCAAAGCUCUCAGCAGCCCAGAGCGAGGGAGGGGCGGGUGACUUCUAUAAUUGUUUUCCAAGAGGACGAGGGAGGUUGGUUGCACGCGACAGCCACUGAGGAGGCAGGGAGCCAGCUACGACGAGGUUCAGAGUUGGCGGGUUUUUUGUUUUCUUAAAAAAAAAAAAAAAAAAAAAGUCUGGGGGAAAAAACCCUAAAACUCCUUUAAGAAAAAUAUAUCAAACUGAUUCUCCCUUUUUGUAUGCUGAAUGCUGCAUGAGUCUGAAACACCAAUAAACGGAGACUGCAUGAGACUCGCCUCCAGUCUCUGUUGGUCCCUGCGUUCGUCUGCCGGUCCAGAGCACUGCCUCCCGGCAGAACCCAAAAGAUGGUAUACGCAUGCGCCGGCGUGGUGGCCAUCUUUACU